AUAAAGUUGAUGCAGCCUGGAGUCGAAAGUCAGUGAACUUGUGAGCUGGACUUCAACAAUGAUCGCAUCAAGUUUCAGGGACUGUCAGGCAUGGAGAGCUGAGGGUCUGACUCUGUCCACCAGCAGCAAUGAGGCAUGCAAACUGUAUGAUGCCAUACUCACACAGUAUGUGAAAUGGACGAAUGAUGAAACCCUGGGAGGAGUAGAAGGAUGCAUCUCUGCUCUGCACACAGCCGACCCCAACUUUGUCAUGGGCCAAGUGAUCAGCACGGGGCUGGAGCUGGUAGCAACAACAAGCAGCAUCCGACUGAAUGAGCGUCUGGCCAGCGCUGUAAGGCGAACAGUGGAGCUUGCCAAGAACCAGGACAUCUCUCCCCGAGAGAGGCGGCACGUCAAUGCCAUGGAACUUUUCUCUUGUGGAAAUUUCCCCAAAGCCUGUGAAGUAUGGGAAGAUAUUCUCCUCGAUCAUCCUACUGAUCUGCUGGCCCUGAAGUUUGCCCAUGAUUCCUACUUCUACAUGGGUGCCCAACGCCCGUUGAGGGAUUCUGUGGCCAGGGUGCUCCCCCACUGGAAACCCCACAUGCCUUUAUUCAGCUAUCUGAAAGGACUACAUUCCUUUGGCCUCCUCGAGACUCGAUAUUACGACCAGGCUUUGAAAGAGGCGAUGGAAGGCCUUGCUUUGACCCCCGAGGACGCUUGGUCCGUCCACUCCGUAGCUCAUGUUUAUGAGAUGACGGCAGAGCUGGACAAAGGCUUAAAGUUCAUGGAGAGCAGAGAGAAAGACUGGCAGAGAUCAGACAUGCUGGCCAGUCAUAACUAUUGGCACUGGGCUUUAUACCUUAUUGAGAAGGGGCAAUAUGAAGCUGCUCUGCAAAUAUAUGACACUCAGAUAUUCAAACGCUGUAAAGCGUCGGGAGCCAUGCUGGACAUGGUGGAUGCCUCUUCGAUGCUCUUCAGGUUGGAAAUGGAAGGUGUGUGUGUCAAGGACCGUUGGCGGGAGAUGUUCCAGAUAACCCAGUCACACACCGACGAUCAUGUGACUCUGUAUAAUGACCUCCACUUCCUCAUGGUGUUGCUGGGAGCUAAAGAGACCAAAACUACUCAGCAUUUCCUGGAAGGCCUCCAGGAACUGGCUAAGGAACCAGGUGACAAUCAGCAGCAUCAGGUAGCCGGCCGCCUGGGCAUACCGAUGUGUAAGGCUAUGAUCGAGUACGGGCAGGGCAACUACGACCAGGCUGUGAAGCUCUUGUACCCUUUACGCUACCGCGUGACAGACAUAGGUGGCAGCGAUGCACAGAGGGAUGUUUUCAAUCAGCUGCUUAUUCACGCAGCCAUCAAGUCGGAGGAUAAGCGUCAUCAGAAACUGGGAAGAUGUCUUCUGGUGGAGCGGGACUCCAUCAGGCGCGACUCCCCUCUGACCCAGCGCCUGAUGCAGAGAGCUGUAGCUCUUCACGACUAGAGAAACUGCGAGGUGUACUCGCACUGUGCUUACCACCGUAAUUGGAUCCUCUAAUGUUCGGCUCCAGAAAGCUUUUCUGUCAACUGGGAGGACUCUAUUUUCUAAUCAUUUCACGUCUCGGAUGUCUCAAUUUAUUUAGCUGCAAAUAAUUUUAAAAGAAAAUGCUUCUUAAUGUUAUCAUAUCAGUUUUGUCUCUGCUCUUUCACCUCUCAGACAAUCAUGAGCCAAUCUCUGGAGUUUUAACUCUUGGAAACUGCCAAACAAGUUGCAUAUGGCUGUAAUAAAUGAACCGCACUACAAUCACAAUACAGAAAAGGGUACAAAAGUAGCUUCAUUGGAAGAAAAAUAAAGAAGUCUUAUUUUUUUUGGGUGUGCACAUUGUUUUAAUCUUGAAUGUCAACCAAAUAUUUGGCCCACGUCUUCUCUGGAAGAAGAAACUGUUGGUCGUUCAUAUGAAUUAAAUGUCGACUGCGUCAGAACUUAUUCAGAAAAUAUGUUCUUGAAACGUGAUUUAUGUAAAAAGCUCAGGAAUAUGGGAGAAGCAGCCUGGAUUAGCCAAUCUGACACUUAUACUGCUUUGUUUUUUUAAAACCAGCAGUAACAGUCUCAAAAAGCCACUUAGUUAGCUGAUUGUGUGCGCCGCAUAAGCAGCUUUAAUAAUGAAAAUAUAGACAAUAUUUGGGGUCUCAGCAUGCAUGAGGCGAUACAUGCUUUCUGCAUUAUUGUUAGAAGCAGACAUGUACUACGUGGUUAACAGAAGAAGUAAAAACGCUGGUACUGAGUGUUUAUUUACAGAAACAUGUUGAUUAGAACGAAUAACAAAAAACGUGAUAAUAUGGGAGAAGUCAACACAAGUUGUCUUUCAGGAAGGAAUAUAUCAAUAUAGUUGUCUGUGGUUAUAGAAACGUCUUGAGCUGAUUGAUGGAAAUAACAUAUAAGAUGAUCUAAAAUGAUUUCUUCAGGUUUGUUAUUAAAAUAGUUUGUCAUUUUAAUUUUCAGUUUAUCCGAUAAUUAACCCUUUGGAGUUCUGUGUUUUAUGUAUAACCUAUAAAACUAUGUAAGAGCACAAAUUUGUAUUUGUAUGAAAGUUGUCAGGAGUUUAAUGUUGGUUGCUCAUGAUUUGUACCCUUCAACUCUAAUAUUAAUUGCACUGCUUUUAAACAAAACUAUUAAACUUCAGUAACGUUGGCCUAGUACAUGGAGGUUUUAUAAACAGAAUUUUAUUAGAAAAUAUAUCACAUUUAAAUAUGAAACUCUGCAGUUUAAAAAAAAACAUGCUUAAAUUCAAUAAAUAUAAACUUAGAAAUAUUGUCUGUGAUUUUCUAUUCAAGUAACAAAAUAAAGUGCCUCACACUUGUGUGCCCAAAGCCAACGGCACAUGAACAAGUUAUACACUCACCAGUCACUUUAUUGAGUAGACUUUGUUUGUGUCAGGAGGAUCUAUCCAAUUUUUGACUUUUGAAAAACCAUAAUCCUCAACGGCGGUCUUGGUCCACAUUGAGAUGAUAGCGUCGCACAGUUGCUGUCAAUUUAUCUGCCGCACAUUCACUAUACGACUGGAACCUCCUGUCCCAUCACAUCCCAGAGCUUCUCUGCUGGAUCUGGUGACUGUGGAGGACACUUGAGUAGAGCGCCCUCACUGUCAUGCUCGAUAAACCAGUUUGAGAGGACUGAGCUUUGUGAUGUGGCACACAAUCUUUCUGGAAGUAACCGUCACUGGUCAUAAAGAGAUGGACGUGGUAAGUAGUGACACCCAAGUCAGCUGUGGUGCUCAAUUGGAACUAUAUUGCUACUCAAGAGCCUAAAGAGAGCAGAGAGAAAACAUCGAUCACUCUCAGCCAGCUAUUGAUGCGUUGCAGGAAAGAUCCGUCAUUUUAUUUUGUCAGCGCCAAAUUAUGACCUUUUCAGCUGGAUGUCACUGCAGAAAUUGAGCUCUUAGUCAUACCAGGCAACAUUUUUCUGAUCAUGUAAUGUUGUUGCCUUCAGCAUGUUAUAUUGUGUGUUGAGAGAUGGUCUUUCACCUCAGUCACGACAAGUGGCAAUAUGAGUUACUUUAUACGAGUUGCCUUUUUGUAAUCUUAAACCAUUCAGACCGUUCUCCUUUGAGUUCUCUGUUGAGUUCCACUAAAAGGUAUUUUCGCUCUGAGAACUGCCACUUGUGGGAUAUUUUCUUUUUUUCAGACCAUUCUGUAAACCUGAGAGAUGCUUGCUCAUGGAAAAUCCCACUAGAUCAGCAUUUUCUAAAUUAUUCAGUCCAGUCUGGAGUCAUGUUCAGCCUUGUCAGGUUUAAAGUCACCCUUCUUCCUCAUUCUGAUGCUUCAUUUGAACUUCUUGACCACGUUAACAUAUGUUAAUGCACUAAGCUUGGGCCGUGUGAUUUUACUCAUUAGUAAUUUGCGUUAAUAAGCUGUUCAGCAGCUGCGCUUCAUGAAGUGGCUGGUGAGUGUAUACUCUCAACACUGCAGUGAUACAACAGCAGUUUAAAAAAAAACAAAGAUGCUCCUGCACUGGUCUGAAGGCUUGAAUGAAGUAGUGCAAGGUCUCUUCUUCCUUCCUCUUGCCUCUUCUCUCAAAACGCUGAGGUAAUCUCAUCUUGUAUUUGAGAGAUCAGGAUCUGGGAGAGCACGAUGCCGGCAAUCUGGAGGACAGAAGCAGUCACUUUAGAUUAAAGAACAGACUCUUAGCAACUGUACAGUCUCUCCUGAGCAUCUCAACAUCCCAGAGAAAGAUGCUAAGAGGAAAUGUUUCAAAAGUGGGAGGGACUGUAUGGAAUGAGUCACUUGGAAUAAUUAUAAAAUCAUAUUUACAAGAUCGAAUCCCUCUAAAUGCACAUUAUUUGCUAUAGAGCUGAUCAUUAAAAAUGCUCCUCAUCACAGCACAGACAGACUUGCAUGACAUUUUUUAAUUGGGUCUUUCAGUAAUUAAAUGUCUGAUCUGACUUGUUAAACAAACAAAUUCAAUAAGCUGAAAAACGAGGGCAUAACCAUUAAAUUUGCCACACAUAAAAGCAAUCGUAAUAGUAAUGCGUUUGUUCUCUUGGCUGUUUCACGUGCUUCCCUCUCAGCAGAACCACUGGGGACCGAAACAGACGGAUCAAAGUGUGUGAGAUCAAGCUAAAGAUCUGGUGGCAUGUUAUGUCGCAACAUCAUGUGAUGGUACCUCAUUUUGAUAAGUGGACUAAUUGGUCAGAGACAACUCCUGAUAAGUGCUAAUUUGAUUUCACGGUCAAUCUCACAGACUGACUUGAGAUAUUAAAAGCACUUAUUGCUUUGGGAUUUAAUGCGUGAUGUGGAGCCUUCCUCUGUGUGUAGGAGGGAAUCAUUUCUGUCUUCCCCUUUUAGGCAUAUGUUACAUUAUCACACACCGUCUUCCACUCUAGGUGGUAUAAUAAUAUGCAGUUUUGAUAAAAGUAAUAAAUGAGUUAUAUGUGCAGUUAAAGUCUCAUUGUUCCACAGUGCGUCGUUAUGGCCAUCUGAGCAGAGCUCUCUGCUUUAAACAACUUCCUCCCCACUGGUCUCAAAUUAAACAUUGCCUCUUUAUUGAAUCCCUUUUAUUUCAGUUUAUCUUUUCCUUUGCUCACAGUGACUAAAUGUUUUAACUUGAAAAGGUCUACCUUGAACAGGGAUUAGUAGGAAGCUUGCAGUUUGAUGUUUGUUUCCAUACGGUCUGGUCUUAUAUCAGGAUUGGUGGAGGAUCCUGAUUGAUGAAGUGUUGCUUGUACUACUCCGCAGCAAUGUCUAAAUCCAUCAUGUACUAUAAGUCUGCCUUAAAGGGAAUAGGUUCGCUCAAUAUAUUGAUCUGCACUGCUCUCUCCAGCAAGCCACUUUUGUUGGCCUCAUCGGUUCCGCAGGAGAUCUUGUUUUAGACCAAGACCUUGUGUUUGCUAAAGCACAACCUGCAUUAACUACAUGCAUGUGUGGGUUUACCUGAGGCAAAGCCAGACCCAGGGUGAGAGCCCCAACGAGCAGCAGAUGCGACUCGAUCCACAUCACUGCUCGGUCUGCGCAGCCCACUGGGUAGAUCGACUUGUUUGCAUCCAGGUACGUUUGCGUUUGAACCCCAAAACCGCACAUCGUGUUGAUCACUGCCUGGAUGCCAGAUGAGUAGAGGUGAAGACAAAAGGUGACAGAGAGUGCAUGAGCUUUGUUUUUAAAUUUUUAACAUGACCUUGAAUGCAACAUCAGCAAUUUACACUAUUAAAAACCCCCUCAAAAGGGCCAUUGUGCUAUUUUUACACAGCUAGUUACUUUACGUUGAUAAAAUAUUUCUAUUCUAAGGGAGAGCUGCAAGUUGCUAAUGGCUUUGUAUGGGACAGACAGCAAGGAAGCAAAUUAGUCUCCCAGAUUAGAUGUGACAAGGAAGACUGCUGUGUCUUGAAGUGUGCCAUGCUGACGUGCCAUGAAGUUGCUGGCUGCUGCCAGCAGGUUGCAGCACUGCAUUAGCUCUCGUGGUGUUUAAUUAAUUGAUUUUCCAACCAUGUUGGGGAGCGUUGCUGUGAUCUGCUUUCCUUGUAGCACAAUGGUGGAUCAAUACCAGUGGGACAGCGCAACAUGAGAUUUUUUAGUGGUUUCCCUGUUGGCGCUUUCAAGUUGCGUCAGGAGAUUGACAUUUGUACACGAGUACAAACGUGUAAAGCCAUGUGUUCCUGUUUCCAUGAAUCAUAUAUAUGUAUAUGCUGUUUAACAUCUGUUUAAAAUACUUCUACGGAGAAUGCAUCAAAUGUUGCAAUUGUGAAAUUUUUAACUAUUGAUGUGCCCUGAGAGAUUGUAUUUUUGAAGGAUGUAUGUAAAAAAAAUACAAAAUAAAAAUCAGUUUUAUCUUAA